CGAAAGCCCUCGCCCCGGCCCGGGUGCCACCUUCGUUCUCCGCCUGCUCCUGCUCCUGCUCCGGCGCCGCCGCCGCCACCCCUGCGAGCGAGCCAGCGAGCGCUCCCUUCCCCCUGCGAGCGAGUGCGCGGAUAAUGUCUGAGAAUGUCCAUUUCUGGGACGCUUAGCAGCUAUUAUGUCGACUCGAUCAUAAGUCACGAGAGCGAGGACGCGCCUCCAGCCAAGUUCCCCUCCGGCCAGUUCGCGGGCCCGCGGCAGCCGGGCGCGGCCGAGCACCUGGAUUUCCCGUCCUGCAGCUUCCAGCCCAAGGCGCCCGUGUUCGGCGCGUCCUGGGCGCCGCUGAGCGCGCACGCGUCGGGGAGCCUGCCGCCCGUGUACCACCCGUACCUGCAGCCGCAGGGCGCGCCGGCCGCCGAGGGCAGGUACCUGCGCACCUGGCUGGAGCCCGCGCCGCGCGGCGAGGCCCCGGGCCAGGGCCAGGCGGUGAAGGCGGAGCCGCUGCUGGGCGCGCCCGGGGAGCUGCUCAAGCCCGGCGCGCCCGAGUACAGUUUGGAAACUUCGGCGGGCAGGGAGGCCGUGCUGGCUAAUCAAAGACCCGGCUACGGGGACAAUAAAAUUUGCGAAGGAAGCGAGGACAAAGAAAGGCCGGAUCAAACCAACCCCUCUGCCAACUGGCUGCACGCCCGCUCCUCCCGGAAAAAGCGCUGUCCCUACACCAAAUACCAGACGCUGGAGCUAGAGAAGGAAUUUCUGUUCAAUAUGUACCUCACCAGGGACCGCAGGCACGAAGUGGCCAGACUCCUCAAUCUCAGUGAGAGACAAGUCAAAAUCUGGUUUCAGAACCGGCGGAUGAAGAUGAAGAAAAUGAAUAAGGAGCAGGGCAAAGAGUAAAGGCCCCCCCUGGGGGGUCCCCACCCCUGGCCCUUGCCCCCCGCGCCCUUAUUUAUGUGGUGGCUGCAGAGCCAGCACUGCCUGGGACGGGUUCUGGUGAUGGGAAGGGCGCCCUCCUCUCAGUCCUUCAGUGCACCCAGCGCCUGUGCCCUCCCCUGUCCCCACCUCGUGUGUCCUCCCCUUCUCUCUGGGUGCCAGGAGAAAGUUUGGUUCAGUUAGAAGCUAGAAGUAGUUGGUUGCUAAGAAGAUGGCGGCCACAGGCCAGAGAGACCCUAGUCAAGCUCCCAGCAUCCCCUUGUGAUUUUCCUGGGAGGCCCCAGCCCCUCACUUCCAGUCCCCUGCUCCUGUCUAAAGCCCCCCAGGACACCCCGACUGCACACAGCCCAGCACCCGCCACAGGCAUAGCCUUGGGAGCCCACAGUCAGGAUGGGGAACGGAACAGAAAGGAAACCAAGGGGCACCUCAGACACCAAGGUAGCAAAAGUGUGCCCCUAAAACCAUCAGGCCGGCCCAGGCCUGCCCCCUGGCACAGCCAGAAGGUGUCUAGACACAGAACCCUAAAGAGGUGUUGCCCGCCCCAGGCCUCAGCACCCCACGGAGUGCCCAACUGCACCCCAAACCCGGGCCAACCCUCCCCCAAGCCGAUGGGCUCCAAGGGACCCGGGAAGAGCAGCGGGGGGGGGCUCUGUACGAGGGUGUCCUGGGGGUACCCACUCACACUGUGUUGCAGGAAAUGUUGAACUCCGCAUGCUAUUUUCCUGUCCUCCCAACAAAAGGAGGCCAAGCCGAGUUGUGAUGCCUCAGCCCGGCUUCCUCCCUCCCUGCCUGCCCCACUUUGGACUGUAGCUUCUCUUGCUUCCCAGCAGCCCUGCAUUUUCCUACCCCUUCCAGCUGCAUCCCGCUGCUGCCGUGCCAGAAUCCCCCUGUACCAGUGAGUCCAGCCGCACCCCUUGUAGACCCCCACUUCCUUCCCACUGCCUCAGGUCAGCCCCUCUGGAGACAGGAAAGCCAGGGAAGGAGAGUCCCACGAAGGAAGGAUUGAUCCGGAAGCAUCGAUUCUGGGGCUCCCUUCUGGAGUUAGUGUCGGGGCCAGGGAGACACAAAGGCCCCAGCACAGACCUGACACCUCACCUGUCCUGCCGCCCCCCAAGCCUGCGGAGGACCCCCUGGGCUGGGGUGCGGCAGUGCUGGUGCCCGGUGUGAAGGAGAGAGGCCUGGGCCUCAAGCAAAGCUCGCUUUGCCUCCCCGGCCCCUCUGAGCAUCCCCCAGUUGCUAAACUCGACCCUGCCUGUCCUGACCCUCGAGGGGGCCUUCCCAGUGGAACUUCUGUUGCUUUGUGGUGGCUGUUGUGAAAUUGUGCUUGUGUUUUGUGAUUUCUUUGGGGGGUGAUUGUCUGGCCUGUUUUCAGUUGUGGCUUCUGUAGGAGGGUUGGAGGGGGGGUGG